AUGGCGAACGUGAAUAAAGUCGAAGUCUCCGAUGAAGUACUAGAUGUGGAAAAAACUGUUUUGGACGAAUCCAGUGUCACUAUGCUAGAUGUCUUGGAGGAGGAAAAGGAACUUGAGGAGGAAUAUGCAGCCGUGUUGGGUGCUUCCGAUGAAAAAUCCUGCACCUAUUCACAGGGUCCUGUUAAACGACAGGCUUUGUAUUCAUGUUUGACUUGCUGUCCAGAGGCGCGCAGCGAUUUGUCCAAAUGUGCUGGCAUCUGUUUGGCAUGUACUUACCAAUGCCACGAAAACCAUGAAUUGGUUGAAUUGUACACCAAAAGAAAUUUCCGUUGCGACUGUCCAACCGAACGUAUGGGCAAAUGUCGCCUAAAUCCUGGCAUGAAACAGCCUGUAGCCAUAAACCGAGACAAUUCGUACAAUCAAAAUUUCCAGGGACUCUAUUGUAAUUGUCAUCGACCCUACCCAGACCCAGAGCGCACAACAGAAGAAGUUAUGCUACAGUGUGGAAUAUGUGAAGAUUGGUUCCAUUUACACCAUCUAGAUGGUCCGCCAAAUUCUCAGAAGCUUAUGGAGGCAUGCUGCGAGAUGAUUUGCGGUGGAUGCAUGACCAAACACGAGUUCCUUCGAUAUUACACAGGACUUUCUUUGAAAUCGGUGGAUAAUUUGAACGAGUCAGUAGCAGAUGGCAAUGUUACCAUUGCUGAGGAAGUAUCUGCAGGCGAAGAUAAUGAUAAUAAGUUGAAAAGUGAUUUGGACAAGAGUAUUUCGGAAAUAAUGAAUAUGGGAGAAGCCGAUGUACAAUCGGAAGCCGAUAGCGAACCCCUAUCUAAAAAACCAAAAUUGGAGGGCGAAAAUAAAGAGUCCAAAUGCACUCGACCUACUGACAAAACGGAUUACGAGAAAGGACCUACAUUCUGGGGUACAGAUUGGAGAAACUCACUUUGUCAGUGUCCAUCUUGCAUGUUGAUUUAUAAGAAGGAAAAAGUCGAAUAUCUUCUUGAUUCAGAAGACUCAGCAAAAAGCUAUGAGGAACGUGGCAUGCAAAAGGCCGCAGCCGAGUCAUCCUAUGAGCAGGGUAUACGAGCAUUGGCUUCCAUUGAUCGUGUACAACAAAUUGAUGUAAUUACCGAAUACAACCGAAUGAAAGAUAGACUAAAGGACUAUUUACAGACAUUUGUUGCCAGCAAAAAAGUUGUUACAGAAGAUGAUAUAAAUCGCUUCUUUAGCGAAAUACGAAAUGAGAAAAACGUGGAAAUUGGUGUGCCGCAUUUCUGUCGUUAA